AAGAAUUGAGCAAUACAUGAAUUAAUAUCAAGACUUGUUAAAUUCUAAAUUUAGAACGCCUAACGCCUUUGUUCGUGGCUAUUGCAGAUGCUGAGUGAGCUUUGUUUCAGAUAUAGUGGUCAUUUGGAUGCUAGCAAUCAAUCUUAAGCAGUACACCCUUUGAAAUAAUGGAAGCAGAGAUGGCGAAAAAUCGUUGGAAGGGUUCCAUGAAGGCUUUUCAGAGUCAUAUUGAUCCUGAAAAAGAAGAACAACUGAAACGCAUAAAAAUAGAGAUUGAAACCAAGGUAAAAAGGAUUGUGAAGCUGAGCAAGAGUAUAAACAAAGGAAGUAGAGAUGGGAACUUAAGGAGAAGAUCAGAGCUUAUCCAACUUGUUGAUGAUUUCCACAAACAAUACCAAUCCCUCUAUGCUAUGUAUGACAAUCUCAGAGGAGAAGUAAAGUACAACCUUUGUGCAAAAAUCGGGGAUGACGCUGCAUCUUCAUCUUCUUCAGUUUCAGAUUCUGAAGCAUAUCAUUCCCCGUGGCAAUUCGCUGGCGAAGGCAGCUCAUACUUUUCGAAUACUGCAAAUCUGGAAAGUGCAAAUUUGGAUCUGGAUUCAGUACCUGAUUCACCAAUAUCUUCUGGCCAAGAACCAGAAUCUAGAGAUUUUUUCAAGGACCCGAGCAAUCAAGGCAAAGAGAUAGAAAAUAUCAUGAAAGAAUCUGCCUGGUUAAAGGAAAAAGUAACAGAAAAAGAAGAAGAACUCUUGUCUCUUACCAAGAAAUACGAGGUUCGUGAGAGCGAGAGGUUGGCUGAGAUAAAGAGGUUAGAGGAUCAAAUUGCUGUAAUGAAGCUUGACCUCGAAACCUCGUGUGUACAGAAGAAAGAACUCGAGGAGCAGAUUAUGUUCAAGUUGAAUGAAGUUAAACAACUGGAAAAAAGCAAUUCAGGGUUGCAAGCUCAUGUCCAAGAAUUGGAAGCAGCAUUUCGAGAGAAAGAAGAUCAAUUUUCUAAUCUUCUUACAAAAUUUGAGGAAAAUCAGACCAACUCGAAGUCUAGAAUUGAUGAUCUAAUGGCACGGGCAAAUUGUCUGCAGCAAGAGUUGGACUCUUUACAUACUGAAAGGAAUGUCCAGAUUGAAAUUUUGAAGGAGAAACUAACAAGCUCAACUUUGGUUGAGAAGGAGACAUUAAAAGAUAAUGAAGACCUAAAAGUACAUGUAAAAGACUUAAAAUUGGAGGUAGACUCGCUCUGCAGCCAAAAGAAUGACUUGGAAAAACAGAUAAGGGAUAUAAACCGAGAAGCUUAUUGUUCACAGUUAGGAAAAGAGGAGCUAACUGAUAGAAAGAAAGAGUUGGAAACCAUACUAUUAGAGAAGAAACACGAGUUGUCAGCUCUUCAAAAAAAACAUGAGGCCUACACGAAUGAUAUGUCCAAUCAGAAUUCAUCUCUGGCAGCACGAAUUAACACUCUUCAGCAGCAGCUACGAACUGGGGAAACUGAAAAAAUUCAAUUGCAAUCACAGCUUGAGAAAGAGAAACACGAGUCUUGCCAGAGCCUUAUUCAGAUGGAAAAGAAAAACAACGAAUUGACCACGAAGGUCACAGAUCAGGAGAAGUCACUAAGAGAAAACAAAGAUAUUAUAAACAAGUUGAACGAGGAACAUAAACAAAUGAAAAUCAGGUUAGAAGAUUCCAAAUCGAAUUUGCAAAAUGCUGAAAGGAAAAUAGAAGAAAUGACAGAAGAACUGCGAAAGAAGUUUGAAGACGGUUUGAGAAUCUUGAGCAGGAGAAUCCGUGUGGCAGAACAAAUGCACCUUGAGAACAAAGAGUGGUAUCAGAAAACAAGAGACUCGUACGAGAAAGAAAAUAAUGAUCUAAAAGAGAAAAACGCAAAGUUACAAGUUGGAGUUAGGGGUAUUAAAGAUAUAACACUGACAGCAAAUGACACGCUCGCUUCACUAGACACAGUGGCACUAAAAUUUGAGGAGUGCACUGCUCAUUUCUUUAAUCGAAUAUCCAAGGUUUCUUGUGAGCUGAAAUUUGUAAAAGAUUGGGUUAUGAGGAAAAAUAAAGCAAUAGUACAUGUACAAGACGAUCUAGAUUGCUUACUUAGACAGUUAGACGACAAGGAAGCCGAGAUAUUAGUGUACAGAGAGAAAGUUUGGAAAUCAGACAAUAAGGUUAGAGAAUUGGAGAAAUUGAUCAAGGAGAAGGAUGACGGGAUGUUGGCUCUCAAGGAGGAAAAGAGGGAAGCCAUUCGACAAUUAUGUAUCUGGAUUGAUUACCAUCGAAGUCGCUCUGAUUAUUACCAAAAAUCACUUUCUGUCUUUGGCAGUAGAAGGAAUCUUUAGGAUUCUUUGUCAGUUAUAUCCUCAGUUUCUCUAGGCAUAUAUAGUUGUCUGAUGAAAAGUCAUGGUCAGCGUGGAACAACUUCUACUUCAUGUAUGUUGUUAUUGUUUCUCUUUUGUUCUUAUAACUAGAGCAGAAUUUGAUAUAUAGGACAUAUAACAAGCAGUAGUAGGCACUUGUUAAUCAUCAUAUUUAGACAAUUCUGCAGGCUUGACAACUCCUCCUAUGUCAUGGUUGUCCCUUGUACAUGUGGACGUGGGAUUUAACCAAAUUUGUUAUUAUUCAAUACAAUUCUAUUUUU